CAUCAGUUCGUCUUAUUAUUGUUUACAAAACGCAAUUACCGUCAAAAUAAAGCUGAUAAAUUAGUGAUUUAAGUCGCGCGGCGACUGGAAAAAAUGCAGUCGAAGGCCUGCUAAAGGUCGCAGCAUUUGCUGCUCAUCGGCAGCGGACUCAGCACGCGUUUACCACUCCGCCCAACCACUUGUUGUUGUUGGACUCUGCCCGCCCCAUAUAACGCCAUCCAUUAUCCAUUAUAAUACCCCCGGCCGAUUUGGCAUCCGAGGGGUGAGGGGUGCGUGGUCCGGAACCGGGGCAAUCAGUGCGAUACACUCACAUCUCAGUCCGGAACUCCAGUCGGCGUCACUUUGCUGUCACAAAGGCACAUAUUGUCAAAUUCUCAACUCGAAGCGCUGGAAACGCUGCAACUCUCUAUAAAUCUCAGAUCGCUUAUUGAAUAACCAAUAUUGGAGCAUAAUAACCAAGGUGCAAACAAAACGGCAAUACGGCGAUUAGAGAGUGAUCAGUUUAUUGCCGCCGUCAAGUGCUCAGAAGUUCCAGCAUCUACAUUCCAAAAUGGCGGGACAAAGCAAGCUGAUCGAUCCGCUGUGCAUCACUUGCAAGGAGUUCCAGCACCCAUGGACGGACCACUGCGUGAGCGCCACCGCCGGCAUACUGCUCUCGGCCACGCCCUACUGCCUGCGAGUCUACACUAUAGUCUACGCCCUGUCCUUGCUGAUGCGCCACCGCAUUCCCAGUCGCGAGGAUCUGCGCAAGACGCUGCUGGGGAUCAUCCAAUCGACGGCUUUCCUAGUGACCAAUGCCUACACCUUCAUCCUGUACAACUGUGCGCUGCGGCACAUGCUGGGCAAAUAUCACUUCUCCACAGUGGCCUUUGUGCCCUGCCUAUUUGCCUCGUUCUCGGCCAUUUUGGUGGAGAGACCAGCCCGCCGACCACUGCUCACUCUCUACGUUGCCAAUGUGGCCACUGAAGCGCUGUGGAAAAUGGCAGAAUCAAGGGGCUGGGUGCGCUCCAUUCCUAAUGGGCAGACACUCAUCUUUGGUGUGAGUAUGGCGGCGCUGCUCUACCUCUAUCGUACUGGCACCACCAAGGAUUCCAUCUUCAACAUCCUUCGCAUAUUUGUGGGCAAGGAGGAGGCGGGCCCGGUUGCCAAGUCCGGCCCCGCAGUGCCCGGUGAGCAGCCUGCGCCAGACCGCCGUCGUCCCACUGUUAGUUUUUCGACUGUAUCCGACUGGGUGCGCGUGUAUAGCAAUCUCAUUCGCGCCAAACACGACAGCUGUCGGCAUCAGCAAAGCUGCAUUGCGUACUCCCUGAUGGGUGGAAUUAAACCCUUUGUGGGCGGAGUGGGUCUUCAGGUUGCGCUUAAACUGGUGAUGAACGUCAAACGAAUCACGGCUGGGAAAAUGCCGUGGAAGAAGCUGGUCUUCAACCGUGGGACUCUUCAACUGGGCAUUUUCAUGGGCAGCUUUUCAUUUCUCUAUAAGUCGGUGUCCUGUCUGCUGCGACACAGUUUUAACCGGGACGAUGCACGGUUCGCAGUUCCUGCGGCGUUAAUUGCUUCGGUGUCCUUCACACAGUAUCCGGAUAACACGGUAGCUUUGUAUGUCAUGUGGAAGGCGCUACAGAUUCUUUGCACAAAGGGCCAAGAGCUUGGAAUCGUGCCACACAUCCCCAACUUUAUGCUUUUCUUGUACUCCUUCUUCACGGCUGUGCUUUUCCACGCGGGAAUUCUGGAACCCAAGAGUCUGCGCCCCAGUUACUACAAGUUUCUGCAGGCCAUUUCGGGCGAUCGACUGAGCAAGUUUAAUCUGAGCGCCUUUGAUGUAUUCGGCCUGAGCAGUCAGCAACAGGCGCUGGACACCAUCAAAGCACUAAACAUAGUUGAAAAGGCGGUGCCCGCCUACUCCUUUGCCUCCUGAGCCAGCAGUAGUCAAUUUGGAUUUAGUCAGUCGUCUUCACCAGAGGACCCUCUAUAUCUCCUAAUAUCCGCGUUUAACUGCGAGCUGUAUAUACAUACAUACGUCAAGAGUCUCCCGCGCUCAAAGAGCGUCCAACGAUUAUUAAAAUAAGCUAGUAUGGGUGAAUUGUAAAAUA